AUGUCCUCCCCCGGAAUGAGUAACCCGGCGCUGCCCUCGCCCUCCUUUGGCGAGCGCAGAGGUCACCGUCUGGCCCCAUUGCAGACCAAUUUUAGCCGACCUACGGCCAAUUCGCCCAAAGCUGCUCCCUCGCGAUUGCAGCGCCCCCGGCCGACCGAAUAUUCCAGCACGAAUGGCUCCGAGGGCCCGGUGCCGCUCCAGAGCCCCGUCAAGCGACAGUCGUCCAAGUCCAGCCUGCGCAAUCUUUUCGCUCGCGAUAAAUCUCAGCGUGCGGCUGCGGCCCCCGACGCAAAAUUGGCCGAGAUCGAGGAAAAUCACCCGCCAGCCAAUGCAGAACCCACGGAAACGACCCAAACAGUGACGGUGCCAGAUACCCCAUUGUCGCCAGCAUUGACCAGCCCUCGAACUGCCGUGUCAACCCCGACAUUGGCCUCUCCAACCACCCCCCGACCUCGAGCGACAUUGAAAACGGCGAGGCCGAGACCAACACAGACGGAGUCAAAGCCGCCUUCACAAGAACAGUAUGGAUGGAAGCCGCCCCCACUCUUCCAGGUAUACCCUCAGUCCUAUAAGCAUGAAUCUCUCUCUGCGCCAGCCAUGUCUGCGGACGCAAUUCUACGGUUGCAUGCCACUACGGGGAAAUCAGGUGCUGAGGUAGGGCCGGAUGAAACAGCCGAUGCGGCCCGGAAGAAGAGAGAACACAAGGAGCGCAAGCAUCUUCGGACAUUGUCAGGCACAAUCAACAAGGUCGAGUGGACCACGAAGAUCUACGUCCUGGCCACAGCCGGCUUUAUCCUGCAGUACGCAGGCGAAGGGAAAAACGACCGUCUGCCCGAGAAGAUGCUGCAGUUGGGCCCUCAAUCGGUGGCUUUCGCUAGUGAUGCCAUUCCUGGAAAGCAUUGGGUGCUUCAGGUCUCACAGAAUGCUACGGCAGACAGCGGGCCUGUGCCUCCCGAGCCCGCCAAAUCGGGCCGCUUCUCUCGAUUCGGGUUUCACCGAUCAAACGCACGACGAAUGGCUGGUAGCUUUCUGAUGGUCUUUGAUAACCCUGACUCCAUGAUCUCCUGGCUCACGGCUGUUCGGGCAGAGAUUGAAGUCCGUGGAGGCCCCAAGUUCACGGCAGAGAAGCACUCCGAUGACGACCAGGAGCCUCAGCUUCGCAGCAAGUCCAGUGCCCGCAGCAUCGUGAGGAAGGACCCCCAUCGCAUCUCGAGUCUGUUCCUACAGCCUCAGGGUCUUCGUUCGCCUGAUGAAGAAGACAGCUCAUCGGUUGGUGGCUUAACUUGGCAGUCUCGACGAAGCUCCUACGCCUCGAUGAAUCACCAAUCUAUAAUUGAUUCGCGCUCUGAUUCGGUGUCCACCGGCUGGACAGAGGCCACAGGUCCCAGCAAUAGCUCCGAUGUCCAAGCGUCUUCAUUCACUUCAGCCAAUCUUCCAAACUCGCCACCUCGUGACGGCAGCAAUCUUUCUGAUGAAGCUCGAUUCAAGGAUGUUGAUUCAACCUAUACCCGCAGCCCGCCCACGUCUAGUCAUGGAAAUGCCAAACGCCAAUCUCUCUACAUGUCUCCCAAAGCACAGUCCUUCCCUGCCGUUCCUCGCAACGAAGUGAUUCUACACAGCACAUCUCCACCCAGUAUACCGGACUCGUUAGUACGCAGUGCUUCCCCACCAGCACCAAACUUCAGCGUUCCCUCAUUCAGCAAGAAGUUUGUAGCAAGGCCUGGGCCACCUCCCUUGGGCUCUCCACCCGCACCUCUAGCUGGUGUUCUCCGACGGGGCGAGAGCAUUGGAGACUUCAGCAUCUCCAGCAUUUCCUCCCCUCCUCAGUCUCCCACGUACAGCGUUGCAAGCUCGAAAUAUACGGACUCUCCGGAAUCAAUACUAAUUAUGCGAGAACCUAAUGGUCGACGCAUCCUUCGGCCUUCCAAUUCCGAAGAUGCUUUAUCCAGAACCGUGCGAUCAUCACAGAACGCGACUAAUCACUCACGCUUACCACGUGCCACGCCUUCCGAAACCAGUCCUCCGUUAUCUCGCCCACUCAGCAUUGUUGGUCGUUCUGGAUUGGGUAUUCAAAUGAACGGCGAGCCGCCGGCCCAGAACGUGCCUCUGGGGGAACCACUUCCAAUUCCACGCCACCGGGUGUCCACGAUGAACCUGGACCAAACGGCGCAGAAUGUGUCCCGCCGCAAAAGCAUGCCAGGAUUGGCCAUUGGACCUCCUGCGGCGCCCCCGCCAAACUGUCCACUCCCAAAGAUUCCCUCGUCCAUUGCUGCUCAGGUAGCACCGGCGUUGUCAACAAAUCCUCCAACUACCCAAGCCCCGGUCUGGUCGACAAGUCCUCCAGCCGACCGCUUCUAUCAAUCACAGCAAAUUCGUGACCAUAUACAAGACCAACGACAAAGCCGCCUCCCAACCAACCCUGCUUCGCCUUGUAAUGGAAACCUACCAAAACCAGUUGCACGGCAAUCCAGGAUGAUCCAAUGA